AUGAAUUUCGAAGAUCAAAUCGAUACAAAAAGGGAGGAAAAUGUUAAGGUACCAGCAGGGAAUGAAUUGAAAAAUUAUGGAGGAACCGAAAAUGGUUUUGAAACUAUUCACCCCAAAUCGGAGUCAUUUUCUGAAAUAGAAGUCAAGAAUGAGGAAAGAGGAAUAAAACGCCGUUUUCAGCCAAACCAAUUUCUAAAGUUUUCGAGUUUAGUAUUAGUUCCCGGAAAACCUCGAAAAUGGAAAAGAGUCCAGAGGAGAUUUGGAAGAAGUGAAGGUGCAUGGUUAUAUAGGUGGGAAUACAUUCCCGAAUCCAUUGAUAACUUGUUUAUGGAGAACCUUGAAUUAAUGGCCAGAGGAGUAGUUGGCCCAAGAAGAACUGGAAGAACUACUAGAGCUGUUUCUUUUCACAUGCGUGAAAAUCCUGCUGGGCCUAAUCAGAUAAACAUGUUUGAACUUGAAGGUAAUUAUGAGCAAUCAUAA